AUGCCUCGUCAGCCUCGCAGCGCCUACAUCGUCCACACCGACCACCUCACCAAGCCAUCCCACUUCGCCACCCACGGGCACUGGUACACCUCAAUGGUGGCCUCCCUCUCCCCGGCCACCAACUCCAGCUGCGUCUUCUACGUGUACGACACCGCGAUACACGGCUUCGCCGCCGAGCUCACCCACGGCGAAGCCCGGCGCCUGUCGAACACCCCGGGCGUGGCCGUCGUGCACAAGGACAGGCUGGUGCAUCUGCACACCACCAGGUCCCCGGGCUUCCUCGGCCUCGACAGGGACUUCGGCAUCUGGCCGGACACGAACUUCGGCGACGGCGUCAUCAUCGGCUUCGUCGACAGCGGCAUCUGGCCGGAGAGCGCCAGCUUCGACGACACCGGGCUCGGCUCCGUCCGGCCGAGCUGGAAGGGUCGGUGCGUCGACGGCGAGCGGUUCAACGCCAGCAUGUGCAACGACAAGCUAGUCGGCGCCAGGUCCUUCACCGCCGGCAUGAGCCUGGCGACAGACGAUUUCCUGUCGCCGCGGGACAAGGCCGGGCACGGCACGCACGUCGCGUCCACGGCCGCCGGCUCGGAGGUCCCCGACACCGGCCUCUUCGGGUUCGCGCGCGGGACCUCGAGGGGCGUGGCUCCCAGAGCGAGGGUCGCCAUGUACAAGGCGUGCGUCCUGCACGACUGCAGCACCGCGGCCAUCGUCGCGGCGAUCGACGCCGCGGUGAAGGACGGCGUCGACAUCCUGUCCCUGUCAGUCGGAGGCCUGGACGACCCCGACUUCUACAAAGACGCCAUGUCCAUCGCCUUGUUCGGCGCCGUGCGGGCGGGCUUGUUCGUCGCCUGCUCCGCCGGCAACUUCGGCCCGCGGGAAUUCACGCUGAGCAACGUGGCGCCGUGGAUCACAACGGUCGGCGCCGCCACCGUGGACCGGGUGUUCCCGGUGAGCAUCACGCUCGGGAACGGCCAGGUCCUCACCGGGCAGUCCCUCUACGCCCACACGACCAACCGAACAGAAAUGAUCCGUCUAUUGCCCAGCAACUGCUCCAACGAUCUUGGAUCCGACAGGAUCAGGGGCAAGAUCGUCAUGUGCGCUCGCGAUUUCGGCGUUUACCCGUCGUACGGCGUCGCAGUGAAGAAGGCCGGUGGCAGCGGGCUGGUCUCCGUCUCCCCCCUGGAUCGGCGUAUGGACGGGCUCAUGGUCCAGCCAUUCACCCUUCCGGCUGUCACCGUCAGCGCCCGUGAAGCCGACAGGCUCUCGGCGUACAUCGACUCGGUGCCUGACCCGGUGGCGUCGUUCUGCUUCACCGGCCGCAUGGUCACCGGCGAGAACCGCGCGCCGGUGGUGGCGUCCUUCUCGUCGCGUGGGCCCAACCACAUCGUCCGCGAGAUCCUCAAGCCGGACGUCAUCGCGCCGGGCGCGAACAUCAUCGCCGCGUGGCCCGUCGAGUCGCCCCUGACGCAGAGCAGGAGCGACGCGAGACGGUCGAGCUUCAACAUCGUCUCGGGCACCUCCAUGCCGUACCCGCACGUCGCCGGCGUCGCGGAGCUGCUGAAGCACAAGCACCGCGACUGGACGCCGGCCGUGACCGCGGCGACGCUCGACAGCCACGGCCGAGGCAUCUCGGACAACAGCCGCACCAGCAGCGGCGUCGCGACGCCGAUGGCGGCCGGGGCCGGGCACGUCCGGCCGCAGCUGGCGCUCGACCCGGGCCUGGUCUACGACGCCGUGGAGCAGGACUACGUCGACUUCCUCUGCGCGCUGAAGUACAGCGCCGCGCAGCUCAGUAUGUUCAUGCCCGGCUUCGCCGGCUGCACGAGGACACUCCCCGGCGGCGCUGCCGGGCUCAACUACCCGUCGCUCGUCGUGGACUUCAGCAACGGCACCGGCGUCCGCGUGCUGAAGCGCACUGUAACGAAGGUGUCGGAGGGUCCAGAGACCUACACCGUGAGGGUUGUGGCGCCGGACCAGGUGGCGGUGGCGGUCACGCCACGGACGCUGCAGUUCGAGAAGCAGAACGAGAAGAAGAGCUACAAGGUCGUGUUCAGGAGUAAGAAGACCGCGGUCGGGUCGACGCAGUUCGGACACAUCGUGUGGGAGAACGAUGGGCAUCAAGUGAGGAACCCUGUUGAGUUCCGCUGGACGUGA